AUGGGUGGUUUUUUGUCUCAUCUCACCCCUGAAAGAAACUCUGAAAUUCUCGACGCAACCUGCGGUCCCAUCCGUGGAAAUGUAUAUAAACAUGGCGAGAAACUAGUAGAUGGAUAUCUGGGAAUACCAUUUGCUGAGCCACCAGGAAGAUUCGAGAAACCAAUUGAAGCAAAGGUUUGGACAGAAGUCAAAGAAUGUACAGUAUAUGGACCUGGAUGCCCUCAAAGUGGAGUUUUCGAUCAGAUGAAAGAUCAAUUGGGACUGAAAUUCAAUGAACAAAACUGCCUGUCUCUGAAUAUUUUUGCACCAAGGAGGAAGUCGAACGAGUUCCCAAGAGGUCUGCCAGUAAUGAUGAAUAUAUUUGGUGGUGCAUUUGAAAUGGGUACUUCUGCUGCUUAUGAUGAUUACUCGAUUUCUGGAACUCUUCCUCUCAGAGAUGUCAUUGUUGUGACUGUUAAUUAUAGAGUCGGAGCUCUUGGAUUUUUCACAACAGGAGAUGAAAUAUGCCGUGGGAACUUUGCUCUCUGGGAUCAAACUCUUGCUCUCAAAUGGAUUCAAAAACAUAUUAAAUCUUUUGGAGGAGAUCCGAGUAAUGUGACAGUUUUUGGAUGUAGUGCUGGGGGAGUUUGUGCUGAUUUAUUGACACUGAGUACUCAUUCACAAGGGUUAUUCCAAAAGUGUGUAGCUAUGUCUGGAACUGCUGAUUGUGAGAUGGCAUGCAGAUCAAGCAAGAAUCAAGCUCUUAUUUUCAGAGAGUUUGCUGUGGCAAAUGGAUGUAAAGAAACAGACUCUUCGAGUAUUCUGAAAUGGUAUACGGAGCAAAGUAUGGAAGUUUUGAAUAAACUAAGCUCAUUCAAAUUCUCGAGAUCAGGGUUCAUGUCGUGUGCACCAAAUCUCGAUGGUGAUUUCUUCACCAAGCCAUUAGAGAAAUUGAAAGAAGAAGCUCCCAAGAAGAGUUUUAUAUUCGGAAGGACUGAAUUCGAAGGACUCAUAAUGGCUAUUCCCGAUCCUGUUUAUUCUCGAAUUGGAGACAGCAUUCCUUCUGCACUUAAGAAGCUUUACAAAUCAGAUGUGGUUGAAAAGCCAGAAGACGUUGCCAAGUUUUUGAUCGAAUCUUAUCUCGGAGGAAUUGACGAAUCAAAUGAUUCAGUUGCUAAGAAAAUGUUUAUUGAAUUCCUCGGAGACGCAGUGUACAACGCUGGUAUCCUGAACUCCGUGGAAUCAGCAGCAGAAUCUGGAAACAACGUCUUCUUAUAUUCAUUCGAUUUCUGCAAUCCAGACGGUUACGGUCCUCUGGGUGAUCUUUUAGAUUUCAAAGCAUCGACACAUGGGAAUGAUUUCCGAUAUGUGCUUGGAGAUGGUGGAUAUGAGAAGUUCAUCCCAUCAGAACAAGAAGUCGAAGUAAUGAAAUUUAUGGGAAGAAUUUUCUCGAAUUUUGCAAAAUAUGGAGAUCCAAACAAUGCAGAAAUGAGUCUGAAAUGGGAGAAGUACAGUUUGAAAUCACCUGGAAGCUAUUUCAAGAUUGACCAUCCGGCAUGUCAGAUGAAGGACGACUUUUUGAAGGAGCGACUCGGGAAGCUGAGACAAAUUAAAAGAAACAAGAUUGUAAUCGAUUUUGAAUUUAGUGAAUGA